AUGAAGUUUCACAAUGACUCAGACAAUCUGAUGGACUCCUACGAUUCCCUGUUCAACCUUGCUGGUUAUGCCGUCGCUCGGAAAGACGCGUUCUCCUCGUACGACCUAGUCGUACUUGUAACCGGUCGGGACCUCGUAAGUGUCUACAGUGACGGUCGCUUUUCGAGUGGGACAGCAGGACGAGCCUUCGUAGGGAAGGUGUGCGAUGAACGCUAUAAGGUUGGAGCGGUGGAAGAUUUGCCACCCACGUACGACGGCGUCCACACAUUUGUUCACGAAGUCGGCCACCUGAUGGGAUGUGUACAUGAUGGAGCUCGCGCUGACAGCAGCAUCACAAAUCAUCCAGGAGCAGAAAACUGCCCUGGUGCUGAGAAGUUCAUCAUGUCGACAUCGGUAGCAUUUAACAGCCAAGACAAGUUUUCCUACUGUUGUGGCCAGCAAAUACACGUUGUCUACCACCUGGAGGCUACAGCGUGUCUCAAAAGGGAAACAACGUCGAGCAUAAUAAACAGCACCCAGCUUCCAGGUGAUCUACUACUUAAUGCUGACCAGUAUUGCAAGUACGAGCAUCCGGAGUACAACAAGACUGCAAAAAAUAUGCCUAAUCUGGGAAAUCUGUCACAGUGCGUAAUUGCAUGCGAACUCAUACAAGGAAAUCUCCGUAUGCAUCUCCACAAAUCACCUGACGGGAUACCUUGCGAGGAUGGUACAGGCAAGGUUUGCAUCAACAAAGAAUGUGUGGAUUAUACGAGCCCAACUCCUGCACAGUGAUGAAAUAGCACUGGACCAGCACUAUAUUGCCACAUCAGGGCCUGCAAACCUGAAGUAUAUGAAGAAUGUGAAUAAAGGUAGAAGACAACAGUGCAACA